AUGUGGUCAUCGACUGCUAUAUGUAACAUCGCACGCGAUUUCAACACCGUCUCGCCACGACAAGAGCAUCAAGGAACCGUCGCGGAUCAUCAAGCCAUGUCAAGCCGAUUCGGCCGCGCAACUGACGCCGGCGACGACCUUUUCAGCACAUAUAACCGCAGCGCCUCACCCUCGAAGUCAAAGUCGAGAACUGCAAAAUCACCAUAUAGUGCCGCCGGAGGGUAUGGAUAUACUGCGACGACGCCAGUGGGUAGUUCCUCGUUCGGCGCAUACCCAGGCGCAGCAGCAGGGGCGGGGGUGGGUAAUGGGAUUGGGUUGUAUCCUGGUGGUGGAGGUGGAAGUGGGGGCGGCUAUGGGUUAGGCGGAAAUGGAAGAGGCAAGGAAGGAGAUAAUAAUGGGGGUUUCCGCAGCGCGACGCCCAAUUCAAGGGGGCAGUACAGUUCAGCUGUUUUGGAAGAGUUGGAGAGUCAGAACGAGGAGGCUGUCGGCGUGUUGACGGGCAAGGUCAAGAUGUUAAAGGAUCUGACCCACCUCAUCGGCGACGAAAUCCGCGACUCCACCACCCUCGCCGAGAAAAUGAACGAUCAGUUUGAGAAUUCAAGGAAUAAGAUACGUGGAACUAUGAACCGGAUGUUGAGAAUGGCGCAGAAGACAGGCGUGGGUUGGAAGGUGUGGCUGGGAUUUUUUGCGGCCGUGAUUUUGUUGUUUUGGUGGGUGUGGUUGGGAUGA